AUGACUUUUAUGACGUUCUGCAAAAACGACCGAUUAAUAACGAUAUCGUCGAUACUCUUAUUUGGAAUAGAUGCCCAGUUCAUAAGCUCUUUUGGACCGCAUUCCAAUGAAUGUGCCUUAGAAUUAUCGCCCGCCAGAUCAUCAGCAUUUGAUUAUAAUAUUAACUUAUUUAGAGGCACAUUAAAUCCCUACACACACGGAAGUACUUGCAUCACAUACGAUGCCGUCAAUGCAGCUUAUUUGGAUGCCAGAAAGAGAAUUCGUGUCCACUAUCCCAAAGGUGACUGGAAAACUGAAGAUAUUGCCUCCGUUGGAGAGUUGAUUCUUGAUAUUUCGAUCCAACUUGCCAGACAAUAUGGUUUGUCGUACGAAGACAUCGAAAAGGGACUUCCCACAAUUGACACCUCAAAAACGCUCAUCCGUGAAGUUUGUCCGCCCUUCUUGUCGGGCGUCGAAUGUCGUCCCGGAAAAUAUCGUCGUGUCGAUGGUUUAUGCAACAAUUUGGAAAAUCCAACGUGGGGUGCUGCCAUGACGCCGUUCCAACGUCUUAUCGGUCCCUUGUACGCUGACGGCAUCAAUGCACCACGUAUUUCCGUUACCGGUCGUGAUUUGCCAUUAUCGCGUGUCGUUUCGCGUACCAUCCAUCCCGACGAAGGUUACCACGAUCAUGCUGGAACCGUUAUGGUAAUUGCCUGGGGUCAAUUUAUGGAUCACGAUUUCACGUUAACCGGAACGCCACUCGACCCGAUCAACAGAAACGAUCCCGAGGAGUGCUGUCAUCGUCCGCUCCACUUGAAGCAUCCUUACUGCAAUGAAAUUCGCGUGCCUGACGACGAUUACUUCUAUCGCUUGUUCAAAGUUAAGUGCAUCGAUUUUGUGCGUGGCUUCCCAUCGCCAAGAGCCGGCUGCAGACUCGGCUCGCGUAUUCAAUUCAACACUUUGACAUCCGUUAUCGAUGGAAACACGAUUUAUGGCGUCAACGAGAAAUUCACGAGAAAAUUGCGAACCGGUUAUGGAGGUUUGCUUCGCAUGAACCCGAUCUUCCGCGAAUAUGGAUUGAAGGAUUUGUUGCCCUUGAAGUUGGAUAUCCCAGAUGAAGGUUGCACGCGUCCCAACAAAGACAUGUAUUGCUUCGAAGCCGGAGAAAUUCGUGUGAAUGAACAAUUGGUCUUGACGACGAUGCAUACAUUACUUGCACGUGAACAUAAUCGUGUUGCCGAGAAACUUGCUGAAAUUAAUCCUCAUUGGGAUGACGAAACUCUCUUCCAAGAAGCACGUCGCAUCAACAUCGGUGUCAUCCAACACAUCACCUACAACGAAUUCUUGCCAAUUCUCUUGGGCAAAGAAGUUAUGGAGAAAUUCGGACUUUUGCUCCAAAAAGACGGCUACUGGGACGGUUAUGAUCCACAUGUCAAUCCCUCAAUUAUUGACGCUUUCUCUGCUGCUGCCUUCCGUUUCGGUCACUCUUUGUUACCGACUGCCGUUGAACGUUGGUCCAAAGCCCACAAAUUCAUUGCUUCCAAACGUUUGUCUGACCUCAUUCGUCGUCCUUACGAUUUGUACCGUGCUGGCGUCAUCGACGAGUACUACAUGGGCUUAAUGAACCAAGUUGCCCAAGCCAUGGACGACUCAAUCACGCAAGAAGUCACGAAUCACUUGUUCAAGAAGGAAGGAAAUCGCUUCGGUAUGGAUUUGGUUUCGUUCAACAUGCAACGUGGACGUGAAUUUGGUGUGCCCGGCUACAUGGAAUACCGUAAAUUCUGCGGAUUGCCAACUGCCAACAGUUUCGAGGAAUUAUUCGGUGCCAUGCCCAACGAGACCGUUCGUCGUUAUUCAUCCAUUUUCGAAUCUCCUGCUGACGUCGAUUUAUGGUCUGGUGGCGUUUCUGAGCGUUCCUUGCCCGGCAGCAUGUUAGGACCGACCUUCGCUUGCAUCAUUGCCACUCAAUUCAGCUACGUUCGUCGUGGAGAUCGUUUCUGGUAUGAAUUACCAAACCAACCGUCGUCCUUCACACCGGAACAAUUGCAAGAAAUCCGUAAAGCCAGUUUGGCGCGUCUCAUUUGCGACAACACUGAUUUGAUUGAUACCGUUCAAAUUUACCCGAUGGUGUUGCCAGAUCAUGAAAUUAACCCACGUGUGCCAUGCAAAGCCGGAAUCAUCCCAAGUAUAGAUUUAACAAAAUGGGCAGAUCAUGAUCACGGACAUGCCUCACCAAGCCACUACCACGUUCUCAAUGACAUUUCCGACACAGUGAACGAACCGCUACCACUGCGAAAGUACAAACGACAAUUACGUCGCAUGCACACCCCAAACAUCUCUCCCUACAAGCAUCCACGUCGGUAUUUCCAACUUCGCCGCAUCAAGCGAUCCACUGAAACGACCGAAAGCGAAGCUGCUCCAAGUAUGACUUACGCCUCUUACAUCAAGCAUUACGAGCCCGUCUACGAAACCCGUUACAAAGGAAAUCCCUUUGAAAAUAAACGAAAGGACAAAAAACCACCCACCAGCGUUCACAAAUCCGUUCACAAAACAAAGCCAUCCGAACUGGAAGAUCUCGCCGACGACCAUUUCUUCCACGAUCAAGUCCGUCGCGACAGAAAAUUAAAAGAUCACUCACUGAAAAAAGACGUCGAGGUGUUUGAUUUGAAGCCAAUCCGGAGAAUUGAGGACAGCGAUGAAGAAAAACCGACCGAAAAACCAGUAAUUUUGACGAAAGAUUCGGAAGAAAAAAACUUUGAGUUCGUUCAUGACUCAAAAAGGCUGGGAAAAAAUGCAAAAUUUAAAUUUAACUUGGAAAAAGAGCUGGAAGGACUCAAAUGUGCCGAGUGUGAAAGCUUGGAUUCCAUUCCGGAGAGCGAAGAAAUCGAAAGUGACCAGGAAAAGGCGAAAAUCAUCGACGAUUUUCAAAGUAGAGUAUUUAGUAGAAGGGAAAAACAGGUAAAUGUGUAA